CUUCUAAAUUAACUUUCUCAAAACCAUAUGAAAGUUACUUACGUCGAUUUGAAAAAGUAAUCGUGAUUUGCAUUUCAAACGCACACAGCAAUAUAACACAAUUGAGGCUACAUUGCCAAUGCCAGGUAGCCAGGCACAUGCCUUGUCGAUCGCAAAGUGAUUGGUUUAAUCCCAGAUUUAAGGAAAUCAUUUUUUUUUUUUCAAUUUUAAUAUUUUUUUACGUCUUGUAUUUUGUUUUAAGGUUUGUAUAUUGCUAUGAAUAACGUCAUAGAAAACUGACACAAAAACUUUGGAAAACGAUCAAUUUCACUCGAAAGUGCAUUAUUUACUAACAUCUCGCGCAUGAUUCUAAUUUUACCAACUGUCGUAUAGAUAUUCUAUCUUAAGUCUUAAUAUGUUUUUAUUUCUAAUGUCUGUCCUUUUUACCAGGUAACCAUAAUUGUAAUGUUGAAUGUUUUGUGUUUGUGUCAUUGCACCUUUUUCGUUUUACCAUUAUUACUAACCCCUUUUCACAGAACUUGAACUAGAAUAUGUUGCUGAAGAAGAUAAUGCUGUCUACGGUCGGUUUGUCAAAGGGCUGAAUGACACUCAGCGUUCAUUCGGCACAUCAAUUAUCGACCUGUUCAAUGUGAGCGGCGUAUCGAACAGCAGUUUGUCUCAUCAGAACAACACAAGUGGCUGGUCGAGAGAAGCAUCCGGGUUAUCAAGACCCGCAACCAUUGGCAUUGGUUCGUUGCAGCCAACACAAUCUUUCCUCUAUCUGACAACGUACAACGAAUCGCAACCAUAUCGGACCAACGCAUUUUUCGGAUUUCGAUCGCCGAGGAAUAUACCGAUAGUAACUCAUUUCCACAUUCCAAGCAUGUCAUCGUCAUACUUGGGUCGCAGUUGUUCGACUUCACUGAGUAACGUGUUUGGUACAGAACGGUAUUUGUACAUGUCGAACAAUAGCCUCAAGCGGAUCAUCAAAAAGAAACUCGACUUUGAGCAAUCGCCACCUUAUUUAACCGCUCGCCAGCGUUACUAUAACGAUUUGGAAAUCGACUUUGAACAACUGGACGAUUCUGACAGUGCAAAUUCCAACGUAAACUUCGAACGCAUCACAGAAGUAUGCGAGGCACGACUACGCAAUGUGCGAAAUAUGAAACAGAAGAACGGAAGUAGCUUUCUUGAGAAACUCGAAAACAUUAAAUUCUCUAGGCCGCAAACCCCGGAAAGUGUGGUAACUUCAGCAGACGUUGCUGAGGUGCGCAGUGAAAGCUCCUUCCUUAACCGUACUCGUGAGCUGUUCAGCGAUGAAGCCAACUCAUCCAAGUGGGACUCAACGGACCUCAUCAUCUUGGAAAAAUCGACAAUCACUCCAGACGCUACGGGACUGUACCUGUAUUGUAUCACAAGAUCGGCGAACAAAUCCUGAAUCGUAAAGAUUACGAUAAUAUUGACUUCGACUCACCGAAAGCCUCAUGUGCCACUCAAACUGACGAUUUUUUAAACGACGACGAUGAUUCUGGAACAACGAAUCAUGAGGCUGAGACCCCUUUGCCGGAAAAAGAGAAUCAAAUACCGAUGGACAGUUCGAUGGAACGCUCGUCUUCUCUGAAAACGGUCAAAAAUCGUCGUAACCGUAACUUUGUGUUGGAAAACAUCCAAAAGGUAGCUUCAAAACAAUCGUUAUCCAAAAAUCAACGGUCAAACAUCAAAUGCCCCAAAAAUAUGUCCGAACUCUCCGUUCAAAAGAGAACGCCAUCUACAGUUAAGGUCAAAUCAAUACGCAGACAUCGUAAGCAUCUGAAGCGCCGGAGCCUACAAUUCACGACGGAUGACGAGAAUGAUGACUCAACGGCUCCUGACCAAACUCCUUAUUCUGUCGAGAAAUCUGAAUUCCUGAAGAAGAUGUGCGAAGAGCAAUCGGAUUGUAUCACCAAAAUGGGAGAUACGUUGAAGCAAAUUAAGAAUGAUGUCGUUGAAAUCGUACAACUGCAAGGCGAAAUUGAUUCAGCGCGUCAGAAUCAUUCCGAAAUUAUGGCUUUGCAAACAGCCGAAGACUGUCAACGUGUGAAUGGUGGUGCAUCGUCGUUGGCAGAGGGAGAUGACUAACUACAUAUGACAUUGCUACUCUUAACAUUUUUUUUUCUUUUGCUUGAUUGCUUCCAUUCCAUUUGAAGUAAAGCUUACGUUUGCUUGCACUACUAUGCUUAAUACGAACUGUAACCCUUUUGUGCCUUGUCCCAUAAACACGGUUUUGUCUUCUAAUGCAUUGCUUUUUUACAAGUCGACCUGAAAUAAAAGUUAAUAGUUAUUACAUAAGUUCAUUUUUAAUGAAAAGUAAGAAACACAAAUACCAGUAAAGAAAAAAAAACAGUGAACUAAUAU